ACAAUAUGUCUACUGAAAUUCUGAAGCAAGUUAUUGUUGACACUGAGGCAGGGUUUAUUGAGUUUGCCAGAAACAAUUAUCAGCAACAUCGUAAUCCAGUGAUAAGUGUAGUUAGUUCGGGUUGUCUAAUUUGUGUUAUAUGGAAAGAUACACUGUUUGUCGCCAACGUCGGAGACUCCCGUGUUAUACUUGGUUCUCAUAAGGGUAAGUUUAAAAGAUUGCAUAUUGACCAAGUGGUCAGAGAUCACAAUUGUCAAAAUUGGGAUAUUCAAAAUGAAAUCAUCGAAUCACAUCCGAAUGAUCAUCGUAGACUGGUUGAAGUUAAUGGAAAAUGGCGUGUUAGAGGCUUAUCAGAGAUCAGCAGAUGUAUAGGAAAUGCGUAUAUGAAGAACAAGGAGCCAUUUACUGAUGCGAGUAAUUUCGAAGCCCCGUUAGGGCACCGUGUGUCACUAGAUUUCGAAGAACCCUUUCUAUCAGCAGAACCAGAGGUUUAUUCAAGAGUCUUAAAAGAUACUGAAAAAUUCAUUAUAUUUGGAUCUGGUGGAUUUUGGAAAAAGAUUACAAUUAAGGAAGCAGCUUAUAUUGUUAACACCCGGCCACGAAAUGGAAUCGCAAAAAGACUUGUGAUGCUUGCUCAAGCGGUUGCGGCUCUCGAAAGGCGAAAAAGAUAUAAUGACAUAUUGCAGGCUCCUAAGUCAAGUCAUGUUAGUGGGAGACGUGUUGUUGCUGAUGAUGGAAGUAGGACGGAUUUUCACGACGAUAUGACUGUGAUUGUUGUAUAUUUAGACAAAAUGCCGAAUGGGGGUGUGAGGCCACAGAUUAGGUCCUAUAGAGGCCAUUCUAACACAGUUCGAUCAUCAGAUUUUAGAAAUCUCGAUGAUAUGUGAAACUUGCUGAGAUUAUUCCAAACAAGUACAGCUAGAAAAUAAGAUACCAUAGUGGGAUCAUUCACUCAGUUUUGUUCUAUUGUUCCAUCAAAUUUUAGUAUGUGUCCAAGAGUUUCCGUGACACCAUGUCUAAAAGUAUAUAGAGGCAAACUUGGUUGCUUCUGCCUUAUUUUUCGAUAUGCAGGUUUAAAAUCAUUUCUGUUACACUGCACACCGUUUUAUAGCACCCAAUUAUAGUUUAUCUGAAAAUGUUGGAAAAAUUACCUGAUUAAUUAAAAAUAGAGUAAGUAAUUCAAUCUGUUCAUACAAACAUCCAUGUAUAAGUAUAUUUGCAAACAAAACAAUAAUUCAGGAAAUGUAUCGAGUUGGCAUAUGAAUUGUAGGGUUUCAUAUAUUAUCAAGACAGAAGAUUGGAAAGUGAUAGCAAUGACUUUUUGGUUUCAUAGAUUUAUAAAUCAAACACAUACCACUAUGGUCAAUCAGAAAACUUAAUGAAAAGAUUUGUUGAGUCAAACAAACCAGAUCCGUAACAAUACACAUCUCUACAACAAAAUGAGGGGAAAACUGAAUCUUACAUAUCUUGCUAGCCUUCAUGCUCUUAUCCCAACAUAUCAAGAAAGGAAAACACAGAGAAACGUGAUAAAAGAAA